AUGACAAAUCUUAGUAAAAGCAUAAUUGUUACUACCACCACUGCACCUAAUUCUUCUAUACGAGCAUUAAUUGAUGAUGCAAAUGGAGGUGGAAGUUAUGAUUUUGAUUACAAUAAUAAUUGCGUUUAUAAUGAUAUUUGUGGCUAUUCUUCAUUAUCUACACCUCCAACAGCUUCUACGAUUAUCAAUCCGUUAAAAACAUUUGUUACUGCUAAAUUUCAAUGA